AUGCCCUCGAGAGGUGGAGGACGAGGUGGGCACACCAUCGCCGGAGCUGCGCUUCGAAAUGCUGGUCUGGUCGGCGAUGGAGACGUAGGCAUGCGCGAUGCUGCUGGUCCAAGUAGGAGCAGAGCAGGAGGCCCCGGCGGUAGGAAAGGUCAACGAAAUGGCGGAGCAGAUCCAUCCAAUCCAAACGGGUCUGGCGGUUCGCUCCAGGGACGUCUCGCGCGGCAGCAGCGCGCGAAUCCGCUCGGCAAUCGUCCCCCAGCCAGGGGUAAGAAGGCUAUCAACGUCAACGAUGGGCUUAGGGCGGCCAACACUGCCGACACCGCCUCUGUUCUUAAAAGCAUCUCCUCACAAAAGUCUCGAGCACAAGGAGGUGGUCGUAUACCUGGCGGCGGCAACAUCAUCUUUGCCGGCAACGACAUGCCAAAGACACAAAACGUAGUCUCCCUCAUCAAGCGCUUCCUCGAGUCUCGAUGGAAUCCACAAGCAAAGUUUUUGAAUCUCGAAAAUAUGCGAGCAGAUCCCAUUCUUCAGGCAGAGGGCAUCAAGCCUCCAGGUGUCGCAGGCGCACCUAAGGAGCUCGGCAAUGUCAUCUGGAAGCUCUGCUCAGAGACCUACCCGGACGUCAUCACCAUCUCGCUAGCAAACAACGGCUUCCGAAGCUUGGGUCCCGUCAGCUCGUUGCCCGUCUACUUUCCAAACUUGCAAAAUCUGUCGCUGGAGGGCAACGAGCUCAAAUGGACAAAGGACCUCGACACUCUUGCAGCUAGAAAGAGCAAGCUCACCAAUCUGAAGGAGCUGUUACUGACAGGUAACCCGGUGCAUGCAAGUGCAAUUGCUGCGGGUAAUGAGGAAGGCUAUCGACGUGAAGUCCUCUCCAAGUUCCGCCAACUCACCAUGCUCGACCAAAAACCUGUCACACCCACCGAGUCGGGCUUCGCCAACCUGCCCUCGUCAGUCAAAUCAAAAAAGGUCGAUGCGGAUGCUGCCCAGGUUCCUCUACGCAACUUUCCCAUUGGAAACAAGCCGGGCUUCGUGGAUGCCGAAGCCGGUGCCAUCAUGCCCAACUUUCUUUCCAAAUUCUUCACGCUCUACGACUCUGACAGGAACCAGCUCAGCGAAGCAUAUGCGCCAUUGGCCCAAUUCUCAUACUGCCUCAACGUCGUACCGCCACCCCGGGCUCGUGCAGCCGGCUUCCUGCAUACCAUGCCUCAUCAAAAGGAGCUCAAUUUCGACCGGUAUCAAGACAAUGGCAACCGCAAUCUGAUGCGCGUUCAUACUCCUAAAGGCCGCAACCUGUCUCUCCACCACGGUGUCGGCUCGAUUCUUGCCACCUUCAGGAAGCUGCCCAAGACGUCCCAUCCCCUCAACGACGCAUCCAAGUUUGUCGUCGACGCCUGGGUUCUCCCGAACAAUGUGAUCGGCGCCAGAAUCAAGGGCGAGGAACGUCCGGAGGCCUUGCUCUACAUCAACGUCCACGGCGAGUACGCCGAAGCACCCAGCCAAGGUAUUCGCUCCUUCGACCGUACCUUUGCGGUAGCACCCGUACCACCUGAUAGCUCAGCCGCGGCAGCUGGCUGGCCUUGCGUCAUUCUGUCCGACCAGCUUGUAGUUCGUCACUACUCGAGCCCUUCCGCUUGGGCACCUGAUAGUCUGCCGACGGGCGAGGUGACCGCCGAGCAGACGCAAGCGCUGCAAUCAGCACAGCAAGGGGCUCAAGCCCCGCUUGCGUCUCAGCCAACUGCACCAGCCCCUGGACCAGCCGCCGCAGUCGCCGGCGGUGGUGGUCUGCCAGCCCAUCUGCAGAACCAGGCUUCCGCAGCAGGCCUGAACGAACAGCAACACGCCAUGUCGCUGCAAUUGGCUGCUCAAACCGGCCUCAUCUAUCCCUUUGCCGUACAGUGCCUGCAAGAGAAUGGAUGGGACUAUACCCUCGCAUUCACUAACUUUCAGAAUCUGAAGGCGAGCAAUGCGAUUCCACCACAGGCGUUUGCUCCUGCGUGA